GGUAUUGAACGUAUUUUACUCUAUGAUUUAACCAACCUACAUAGUAUAUACUGGUACUACUAUCUGUCUUUUCAUUUGUCGCUGUCGUCAGAUCUACGUAUUAUUUAAGUAUCAAAAAUUAAUUUAUAACAGUAAAGAUGUUACGACAUAUUUUACAACCAAUUGUCCGAAAUACACGAAAUGGUGUAAGAUCAUAUCAUGUACCUAAUGAAGUUAGACCACCAAGUAUGGAUGAAGUGAUUGUGCCGCAAGGCUCGUGGCAGCAAUCAUAUUUUAAAGCUCAACAAAAACACAACUUACAGUUAGCAGCUGGUAUCAUUAUACUUGGUGCUACUAUAGCAUAUGGUAGGGUAUCUGGAUUACUUUGGCUUAACUUCCGUCCACCAAAGCCAGAAGAUAGGCCUGAAAGUUCUAAAUAAAAUGAAUUCAAAUAUAAUAUUAUAGCAGAUAAUAAAUAUAACAAUUGUAUGAUUGUUUUAUUGUAAAAAGUAAUAAUAAAACAUUUAUGAUAUAUAUAA